AUGGUAAAACAUACUGUGUUGGUAUUAAACAAUUGUGAAUCAAAAGGUAUUUUUACUAAUGAACUUAUUGAAAAUUAUAAUGAAGGUGAUACAAUCUUAGCAAGUUUACCAGCAGGUGCAUUUGCUGUUGUCCAUGAUGCUAAACAUCAUUUAUGUAUUGUUGGUGGCAUAGGUAUUACUGUUUUAUCAGCAAUGAUUGAAGGUUUAUAUAAACAAGAGUAA